CGAGAAAGAUCGUAACGACGGAAUCAAUUGAUUGAAUUUUAUUGAUUAUAAAGAGAAUUUAUUUCAUUCAUUUUAAGCUUUAUACUGUAUUUCUGCGCGAGUGAGUAAAAAGAUGUCUCACGAAAGUUUUGACUCCGAGACGGGUCAAGAAAAUAUAGAAAGAUUGAAGAGCAUACGAAAACAGGUCGAUUGAGAGAUCGAUGCUGAGCGAAAUGAAUUUUUCUGUCGAAUUCGCAGCUCCAUUAGCAACUGGAAGGGCCGAAUUCCAGAUCUCCGAGAAAUUUUUGGACAGGAAGAAAUUGAGUGGUCGCUCACGAGGGCCGUGGACAAUAAUUUCAUCGAGUUCGUCAAUUUUAUAAUAAGGUCAGGAUACAAACACAAGCCCUCCCUCGAUAAAGACGGCAAACCAAUUUUGCGUCGCAACACACCACUACAUCUCGUGGCUAGUAGAAAGUCGAGGUUCGCGCCAUCCAAGAUUCGCGAGCUUUUCAAAGUUUACGACAGAUUCGACGUAAAUUACAUCGACGAUUUUGGUUUGACACAUUUACACGUGGCCUACAUGUCUGGCUACGUGAACAUCGUCGAGAAAUUCCUCGAAUUCGGGCCGGAUCCCAAUUUCGUCGUGCGACAAACGGGUGACUCGCCGCUACACUUGGCUAUGAAAUUGGGCGAGAAGGAAGUGGCCGAGUUGCUGCUGAGAAUAGGGGCGAUCCGAAUUUGGCUAACAAGGAUGGAUACACUCCUCUGCACGUUAUUCGCUCGGGAGUCGACGGCGACGAUGUCUAUUAUGAUUUAAUGAAAAUGUUAUUCGAGCUCAGCAACGACAAAUAUCAGCCGAUACAUGUCAAUGCUCAGACACAGUAUGGUUCGACACCACUGCUGUCGGCACUGCUCACCAAGAAAAUAAAUGUUGCUGAAUUGCUAUUGAGAAGAGGUGCGGAUCCAAAUUUAGCCAGCAAUGACAGAUUGACACCUAUCGAUUGGAUUAAUUUAUAUUAGAACGUGAUCUUGAUGACGUGGCGGAGAAAUUCUUUGAGUUGAGCGAUAUAGCGUCCAGCAAAAGGUGCACGUCAACAACUUCAACAAUAUGGAUGCAACACCACUUCACACUGUGGUCGCGUUCGGAACCAGCAUAAAAGUGAUGGAAUUACUGCUGAGAAGAGGAGGGAUCCGAAUUUAGCCACCCCAAAAGGAGGAUCGACUCUGCAUUUCAUUGACUUGCGUGAAAUAAAUGAUGGUAUGUUGGAAAAGUUCUUUGAGGUCUGUGAUGAUAUGCAGUAGACUGUCCAAGUCAAUUCCCAAGACGAGGUUGGUCAAACACCGUUGCACUGGGCUCUGAAAAACGGACCCCAGCGUGUGGUCGAAGCUCUACUGAGAAAAGGCGGGAUCCGAAUUUAGUCGACGCAAAAGGAUUGACACCUCUGUACUAUAUUGCAUUACGUAAAAUAGACGAUGACAUGAUGGAGAAGUUCUUGGAUAUAUGCGAUGACUUUCAGGCGACGAUACAAGUGGACGCCCAAAACGAGUCUGGUUUUACACCGUUACAAAAUGCCGUGGAGAGCCUCAAGCCAAAUGUGGUCGACGUACUCUUGGAUCGUGGUGCCGAUUUAUCUCGCUUCGUUUUUCCCAUUGAAAAUAUUUGCGAGAAUUUUGAAAAAAAUGCUCGUGGUUGGGAUAAAUUGAGAUCGGCAUCUGGCGCUCUGAGCGUCGUCGAACGCCUCGAGAAAAGAGGAUACGAUUUGAACCGAGACAACGCCCUGACGAUCCUUGACUCAUUCAAAGAGUACGGAUUGUUCGAAAAGUCGUCGGAUCUGGAAAAAUGUUGGCGCGAUGACGACGAGUUCGCGAGCAGAGCGAAAGAGAUAAUCGUCACAUCUAGUCUGUCGCUCCACGAUCUGAUUCAGUUGCGACCCAAAGAGGAGGAAAAACUGCUCACGUACACGAACUACUUCGAGAUCGAGCGAUCGAACAACUUGGAUGAAAUCCCUAAAAAAUAUCUCGAUAUCUGCUUGACGCACCUGUGCGAAAAAAUGUCGAGAGGAUACGUGCGAAGGUUGGCACAGGAUCCUUUCCAGGAGUUGACGCGCCACAAACUACCGAUUCUCUGCUGCGAGAAAAUCAUCGACGAGUUGAAGAACGAGGAUUUGUUUGAAAUAUGUAAGGCGGGUGAAAUCCUGGCGGAAGAAAACAGAGCCAAAAUGUGCAAUUGAUAUGAAUUACUAAAGAAAACAAUGUUGAGAAAUUAUAAAUCAAUAUCUUUAUUUUGAAUCUUGAAGUAUUUUGAUAGUGUGUCAGAUUAA